CCUCACCUCUCCAGUCAGCAGGUAGAUGAUCUCCAUAAUGACAUUACCCAGAAUCCCUCACCUCUCCAGUCAGCAGGUAGAUGAUCUCCAUACUGACAUUACCCAGAAUCCCUCACCUCUCCAGUCAGCAGGUAGAUGAUCUCCAUAAUGACAUUACCCAGAAUCCCUCACCUCUCCAGUCAGCAGGUAGAUGAUCUCCAUGGUGACAUUACCCAGAAUCCCUCACCUCUCCAGUCAGCAGGUAGAUGAUCUCCAUAAUGACAUUACCCAGAAUCCCUCACCUCUCCAGUCAGCAGGCAGAUGAUCUCCAUGGUGAGAUCCAUGAUCUCUGUCACUUGAUACCGUUCCCCUUUCAUUUUCACUAGGCCAGGAACAAGCUCUGAGGACAAGCUCUAAAGGUUCAUGAACCUAAAUGACUUUAAGAAAAUUUAAAAUGUGUUAAAUCCAGCUAAAAAACAGAAAUUGAGAGUUAGCCAGACUAAUACUGCUAGUAAUGAUAUAGAGUACAUGUUAAUAAGAACUUAGCUGAACUUUGAGCUGCGGCACAAAGUGGUAAUAUAUGUCACACAAAAUAGUACAAACAUUUCGGGCACACCAUCCCUCUAUCAACGAACAAUAUGCAGGAUGUAUAGCUUGUACAAUCCUAGCUCCCAUUUAUAACACAGAGAUAAUACUAUAUACAGUCCCAGCUCCCAUUUAUAACACCGAGAUAAUCCUAUAUACAGUCCCAGCUCCCAUUUAUAACACCGAGAUAAUCCUAUAUACAGUCCCAGCUCCCACUUAUAACACAGAGAUAAUCCUAUAUACAGUCCCAGCUCCCAUUUAUAACACCGAGAUAAUCCUAUAUACAGACCCAGCUCCCAUUUAUAACACAGAGAUAAUCCUAUAUACAGACCCAGCUCCCAUUUAUAACAGCGAGAUAAUCCUAUAUACAGUCCCAGCUCCCAUUUAUAACACAGAGAUAAUCCUAUAUACAGUCCCAGCUCCCAUUUAUAACACAGAGAUAAUCCUAUAUACAGUCCCAGCUCCCAUUUAUAACACCGAGAUAAUCCUAUAUACAGUCCCAGCUCCCAUUUAUAACACCGAGAUAAUCCUAUAUACAGUCCCAGCUCCCAUUUAUAACACCGAGAUAAUCCUAUAUACAGUCCCAGCUCCCAUUUAUAACAGAGAUAAUCCUAUAUACAGUCCCAGCUCCCAUUUAUAACACCGAGAUAACAUCGAGAUAAUCCUAUAUACAGACCAAGCUCCCAUUUAUAACACAGAGAUAAUCCUAUAUACAGUCCCAGCUCCCAUUUAUAACACUGAGAUAAUCCUAUAUACAGUCCCAGCUCCCAUUUAUAACAUAGAGAUAAUCCUAUAUACAGACCCAGCUCCCAUUUAUAACAGCGAGAUAAUCCUAUAUACAGUCCCAGCUCCCAUUUAUAACACCGAGAUAAUCCUAUAUACAGACCCAGCUCCCAUUUAUAACACCGAGAUAAUCCUAUAUACAGUCCCAGCUCCCAUUUAUAACACCGAGAUAAUCCUAUAUACAGACCCAGCUCCCAUUUAUAACACCGAGAUAAUCCUAUAUACAGUCCCAGCUCCCACUUAUAACACAGAGAUAAUCCUAUAUACAGACCCAGCUCCCAUUUAUAACAGCGAGAUAAUCCUAUAUACAGUCCCAGCUCCCAUUUAUAACACAGAGAUAAUCCUAUAUACAGUCCCAGCUCCCACUUAUAACACAGAGAUAAUCCUAUAUACAGUCCCAGCUCCCAUUUAUAACACAGAGAUAAUCCUAUAUACAGUCCCAGCUCCCACUUAUAACACAGAGAUAAUCCUAUAUACAGUCCCAGCUCCCAUUUAUAACAGCGAGAUAAUACUAUAUACAGUCCCAGCUCCCAUUUAUAACAGAGAGAUAAUUCAGAUAUAAUCUUAUAUACAGUCCCAGCUGCCACUUAUAACACAGAAUAUAUAAAUAUAAUUAAUAUAAAAUGCUAUAUACAGAUAUAAUAAUAAAUCAUAACAGCAAAGUAUUUAACUAGGAAAGGCACAUUCAGAUUACUCUGGUUUUGAAGUACAUCCUGGGGAUGUUACCUUAGCUCAACAUCCAGGAGUUGUUA